UACCAGAAGCAAAAGGUGCGUGAAGUAAUUCUAACUGUCUUCAGUUCAGACGAAACUGACACGAUGUCUAUAUUACUUGUCGUUUGUUCUAUGUAGCUAGUGCAUUAUAUAAAUUACGAUCGAAACAAAUACCGCCCCCUCCAAACGAUCAAACAUUUGAUAUUCCGGUAGUUUAUCGCAGAACUUUUAAUGAUGAGAAAUUUGCAAUUUAUGAUAACACAGAUGAUCACUGCGUGGUCGUUUACCGAUUUUUUCAACUAAAAAAUUGCUAACAAUUCUUUUUGAUUGUGAAGUUAUUUUAAUGGAUGGGGCAUUCAAAACACGACCCAUUCUAUUUGAACAGUAAUAAUGGGAAAGCAUCUCGGAGAAGGUUAGUAUUUGAUUGAGUGAUUUUUUAGUUUUUACACAUCAACUGUAUCAACUUUAUGUAGGUCUACCACUUGUUUGGGUUUUGACUUCUGCUCGUUAUGAGCUUGUUUAUAACGAAAUAUUUUCAACAUUGAAGAGCAAAGCUGAAAAAUAUCGCGAAACCUUUGCGCUAGAAUUUGUGUAUUUAGACUUUGAACAAGCAUGUAUAAAUGCUGUGGAAAGUGAAUUUCCAGCUGCAACCAUUCGUGGCUGUUGGUUUCAUUAUACUCAAUGUCUGUACCGUAAAAUUCAAAAAUUAGGGCUAAGUACAUUAUACGAAGAAAACGAUAGUGUUUGUCAAUGGCUAAGAUCGUUCAUGGACAUUACAUUAAUUGAUGGAGAUGUAAUCACGGGUGCAAUUACAUUGCUGCGUGAAAAUUUGCCAUCAGAUAAUGGUCUACCAGCAAAAUUUUUAAAAUAUUUUGAUAAACAGUGGGUACAAAAAGUAUCGCCAAAAUAUUGGAAUCUAGGACCUCAUCAUUUACGCACUAACAAUUUAGUAGAAGGAAACAGCGAAAAUAUACAACACUGGAAAUAG